UGGCAAUAUUAUGCAUCGAUAUUCUUAACUACGCUGAAGAAGAGCGUAUGUUGAUUAGCAUAGUUCAAUUGAAUAUUUCAAGCUUUUUUAGAGAAAGUGCAUCGUAUGCAUAAUUAAAUAAACAAAGGAAUGAAAGUUAACAAAUAAAUAAUUAUUGUCGACGCUUAAACCGAUUGUGAAAUUCGGAUUAUUCUAAAUUCUAUUCACGUUAACAUCACGUUGAUUACUUUGACGUGUUUAGGGCGUGUGUGUAACUCGUGUCAUCGCGAAAUUUAGAUUAAUUUUUGUUAAAAAAAACCGAGUGUUCAAGAAAAUCAGUCAAAAUGUGCGCAAAAAUGGCUUUUCAGCACCAAGCGGGCACCGCGAUGGAAUGCCUGAGUAUACCGAUAACUUUGCAUAAAGAAACAGAAGUUAAUGAAAACGGAGAAGAAGUUAUGAAAUGUGGAUUUAAAAUCGGAGGAGGAAUAGAUCAAGAUUAUCGAAAGAGUCCGCAAGGCUAUACGGAUAAUGGUAUAUAUGUAACCGAAGUUCACGAAGGAUCACCAGCAGCUAAAAGUGGUCUUAGAAUGCACGACAAAAUUCUACAGUGUAAUGGAUAUGAUUUCACAAUGGUCACUCAUAAAAAAGCUGUCUCUUAUAUAAAGAAACAUCCAAUAUUAAACUUAUUGGUAGCACGCAAAGGCGUAACCAGUACUUAAGUUGGACCAAACAAAAAAUAUAAAAUAAUAUUUAUUUCAUAUUUCAUUUUGACAUAAAACUCAUUCAUUUGUGCAUCGUGUCAGAUUAAUAUCAGAUAACGAGCAACAAUGUAAAACUCAUCAAUGUCAGUGUUCUCAAGAUAAUGUAUAUCAAUUGAUUCUAUAUUAGUACGAUAAAGAAAAACAACAUUUUUGAAGACCGAAUUUAACAAGAAACUUUAAAAAGUACAAACUGUUUUAUAAUAUGAAAUAUCAUCAUAUAAUGACUAUGGUGUGUACUAAAAUCACUGAAUGACACGUUGCAAUGUGAUGUUUUCCGUGUUCUAAAGACUUUAUUCUUGGUAACAAUAAUUUAGUUUUAUUAGAUAAUCAUGAAUACUUUAAAUAAUUAAUAAGUCUCAGUAUCAGGCAUACAUUUAUUGUUGUUAUAUUUUAUUGUUGUUGAUAAAAAAGAAAAUAUGAAUUAUAUGUACACCAUAUCUGACGUGCACCAGUAAUGUUACUAUUAAUAUUAAUUUGGUACGUUAAGAGAAAAACGUUCAGAUUAUACUAUAAAUAUAAUGAAACAAAAGAAAAAGAAAUUUAUACAGAAUUUUAAAGAAUUUUCAUAAUAUAAAAAUGGUGCCAAAU